AUGAAUGAAACUAGUUUGGAGCCAUUAAACCCGAAUAACAGCCUAGAAACUAGGUCGGAUCAACUAAGGAAUGCAUUACACAUAUCAUUGGGGUUGAAUUCGGACGACAUUUUGUUGAAUGAAGAUGAAUCGAUCGACAUUGAUUCAAACGGCAACUUCAAUAAUGGAGAAAAUCAUGUUGACGAUGCUGCUGCAGCUGCUGCUGAUGAUGAUGAUGGUGAUGACGACAUUCAUUAUUUAGAGGAAGAAGGAGAAGUUGGAGAGGACAGGAAAAUACCUAAUGAGUUCAAUGAAGAAGAUCUCAUAAUUGGUCCAAUUACUGGGAUGCGGUUCAGUAGUAAGGAUGUUAUGUUUGAUUUUUACAAAGAACAUGCAAGAUUAUCGGGGUUUUGCAUUGUCAAAAGAACAUCAAACAAAAAAGGUGGUGAUAUUGUUAGGUAUGUGCAAUAUGGUUGUGAUAGGUCUAGGAAACCAAGGAAUAAAUAUUUUACCAAGAGGAGGAACUGCCGUGCUAGAAUAAAUGGAAUUUUGGAGGAGAAUGGUUCAUGGCGUAUUUCAAAGGUGGUUAAAAAACAUAAUCAUCAAUUGGAACCAGCACUAUCGCGAUUGAUGGCUGGACACAAAUCGCUUAGUAAGUCUCUUACGAGAGCUCUUCCAGCCAAAAAUAUUGUUGGCUUAAGACCCUCAAAAAAUAUAAGAGUCGCUGAAGUACUUGCUAGUGGCCCCGAAAAUCUGGGUUGUACACCAAAGGACUAUAGAAAUUAUAUCUUGAAGAUUAGAAAGCUUCAGUUGCAAGAAGGGGAUGCACAAUCAUUACUCAAGUUCUUCAGUGACAUGCAACAAAAAGAUAGAAAAUUUUACUACUCCGUAGAUGUGGAAAGUUUUGGUCGACUUCGUAAUAUCGUAUGGGUUCAUUCACACUCUAAGGUUGCAUAUGAGAGUUCCAUGAUAUAA